AUGAAAUUAUGGUUUUUAUAUUUAUGUGUCAAAUCAAUUGAAUCAUUUCAUUCUCUAAAUCCAUCAGAUUUAUCAUGCAAAAAACGUGAUUAUCGACUGAUUACUGAUCAAUCGAGUUAUAUCAUCAAGUUAAAUAAUCCAUUGACUACUAUCCAUGCGAGUAUUGGUGUUGAUAAUAAGCAUAUAUCUCGUUUAUUAACAGAACUAUGGUAUGAACAAAUCAAUCAUCAACCUUUGACCCUACAAUCAUCUUGGGAUUUGUUUAAAUCAUAUGGUGAAUUGAAUAAAGAUUAUAAUCAUUUUUGGAAUUUUGAUUUUUCUUCAAUUAUCAAUAAAUCAGAAAAUCAAGGAGACCAUUGUUCUUAUCCAAAAUCAUCAAUAGAUAUUGCUAUUUGUUGUGGUUUAUGUACUAAAAUUGAUACUUGUCCAGAAUUAAACAUUCUUCAUCAACAUUCAAGACAUGAUAUCAUUGUAACAAAUCGUGGUUUAAUCGUAUCUCGAAUAUUUAAAACAUUUCAUGAAGAAUUUAUUUGUUCACUCUUUCCAUCAAAUCAAACACAUCGUUUUUGGUCAACAAUAACUAAUUCAAUGAAUAUUGGUCAAAUACCAGAUAAAAAUGAUUUAGCAAUUGUUCAACAUACUUAUGGUACACUUCAAAAUUUUUUCUAUUAUUCAUUAUAUCCAUUUCAACAGUGGAAUAAACAAAUAGUAAAUUUUAAUUUUAUUGAUGUUUUAUUUAUUCCAUAUAAACAAUUAGCUAUAUUUGAAUUGAAUGAAUGUAAUAAAAUAUUAUUACGCGUAUAUCAAUAUAAAUUAAAUAAAAUAAUUCAAUUAAGUAAACAAUUAUAUUUUUCUGAGAUAAUUCUUGAAAAAAAUAUUUGUUCAUCAACAUAUUUUCAUCUUUAUUUUAAUAUGUUAUCAAAUAUACUUUAUUUAAUUGGCAAACAAAAUAUCUAUGCAUCAAAUAAUUAUGGUGCUAAAUUAAUUCGAAUAUGGAACGAUAAUAAUUCAUUGAAUAAUUCAAUAAUUCUUGAUCCAAUAAUAUUUUCUGAUACUGGUCAUUUAGCUUUUAUCUAUCAAUUAAAUAAUAAUUCUUCAUGUUGUUAUUAUUUUGCUAUUUUUUCAAAAACAGGUCUGUAUUAUGGAUGGCGUACUCAAACAUUUCGAUCAUCUGUUCUUAUGAAUGAACCAUUCUUUUUUGAUUCAACUGGUAGUUUUUAUUUUAAUGCUUCACCACCUCUAUUAGUCAUACAAGCAACAGAACAAUCACUUGUUGCAACACCACAUCUCUUAGUUAAUUAUAUUCCGGGUCCAUUUUUUGUUAAAGAAACUGAUAUGAAUCGAUUCUUUGUUUUUUGUUCAUUUUCAUCAUGGAAUAAUCGAUUUGAACUGAUCGGUUCAACACUUCAAUUUGAUAACAUUGGUUUAUUUUUUAUUAUAAAUAUGUAUACUUCCGUUUCACAAUUUGCUUUUUGUUUACAAACUUCUCGUUUGGAUUAUAAUCCGAUUCAAACAUUUCGUCAAUGUCUAUUGACUAUUCAACUUUUACAAAAUACUACAAAAAUUCAUUUAUUUCUAUCAGGAUGUAUAUUUAAUAUUGAAAAUCAAAAUGCUACAAUAGUCAUUUCGAAAUUUCCAAAUAUAUUUAUUGAUCAUAUUUUCAAUAAUACAUUUGCAUCUGGUAGAAUUUUUCAAGAGAUAAAAUUUAAUUAUACACAUGUUAAUCAAUGGAAUAUAAUUAAUAUACAAAAAGUUGAGCAAAUAUUAGAUCGAUGUUUAUUAAAAAAUAUUGAUUCAAAUUAUCAUCGUCCAUCAUUGAUCUACAUUCAACCAGCAAUAGUUUAUCCAAUAGCUAAUGGUGAUCAACUUGUCACUGAACAUUUUCACUUUUUAACACAUAAUGAUUAUAUAAUACAUGAAAAUAAAAUUGAUAAUAAUCUAUAUUUAAUUACUUCAUUAUUUGAUAAUAGAAAAUCAAUAAUUCAUCAAGAAUUUAUACGUAGUCAAUUAUCUUGUUAUUUACCUUCGAGACGAACAAUAACUUUUAUAACAAAAUGUUUAUCAAAUACAAUAAUUCGACCUAAAUUUGAAAUAAAUUUCAAUUUAUCAAAAUUGAUUCCCAUCGAUCCACCAAUAAAUUUUCAAUUUAAUCGAUAUCAAGCUGGAUUUAAUUCAGUUAUUGUUUAUAAUAUUGAUCAUGAAAAAAAUUUGAUCUGUGAUGGAUUUAAAAAUUGUUCAUGUGUUUCAUCAUUGAUUUUUCAUUAUUCAAUGCAUUGUGCUGAACAAUUUUAUACUAUGGAUUCAACAAUAAAUAAUCGUAUUUAUAUGAAAUUAUGGAUGGAAAAUGAUAUUUUUUAUUUACCAAACAAUAAAAGUAUUUUUUUAAUUGAAGAAUUAUCGAAUCGUCAUGAUUAUCAAUUGAUUGAGAAUUCAUGGACGAAUGAAAUAAAAGAAAAAACUAUUAAUUUAUUUUUAAAAGAUUAUAAUCAAUUAACAGAUAAUGAAAUUCAUAUAUUUGAAUUAUUAAAUAAAUCAUUAUUAAAUGGAAAAUUUAUCUUUAUUGGAUCAAAUCUUAAAUUAGAAUUAAUGGAUGAAGGUCUUUAUCAUUUUCGUUUAACUUAUUUAUGGGGUGAUCAAUUUUGUUUAACAAGUAUUGAUCUUUUGAUAAUAAUGAUAAGUAAUACAGCUACUUUAACUAGUUAUACAUUUACUUAUUUUUUUGCUUGUAUAUUAAUAUUAAUCUUAAUGAUUAUUCUAUGGAUAUUAUAUAUUAUAUUUUAUGAAAAAAUUUUAAAAAAAUAUUGGAAAUAUUUUUUUCAAUUAAAAAAUGAAAAUUUUUUUCAACAAAAAUCUAUUAAUAAUAAUAUUAAUUUUGAAAUAUUAGUUAAAAUUCGUGAACAAUCAUAUAGAUUAUUACCUUAUAAACAUAUGAUAUACAAGAUGAAUAAAUUUAUUUAA